CGUAUCUCUUGUCAUAUCUGUUUUGGAUUCCUCUCGAGCAUGUCGAACACUGCCUCCACGCUUUCCCAACGCUACUGCGAGUUUGCCAACGUCACCUUCCCAUCGACGGUGGACAAUGGCGCGUACCGCGUCAGUGUCAAGACGAACAAGGAUCAAACCAACGCGAUCAUCUGGCUCGAGUCCAAGAAGACCAAGCUCCAGUGGAGAUGCGCGGUUGAAGACUUUGCCAAGCACACGGAGACGAACUACGCGCUUCCAAGCGUCGUCGUCUUGGCAGCCAUCAAGAAUGGACUUGCCGCCAUUGAUGGAGCCCCCGCGAAAGGGCCAGAUGCGGCAGCUAACCCAUCUGUGACACCCGCCAGCACCCUCGACUUGGGCAUGAAGAAGGACACGUUGGCGCUUGCUCUCGAGAUCAAGAUUUCACCCGAGUGGGCGACAGCCUACAGCUUUGAGAUGACGUCGAUCGAAGUCAAGGUCGUCGACAUCUUGGAGGCUCGCAUUCGCGACCUCGAAGAAGCCAACACUCGACGACGUGUUGCAUUUUGCACUGUGGCAGGGACGUCUACUGGUGGAAACGCACCGUGCACAUGGACCACGCCGAACGUGGAUAAGUCACUGGCGCUUCUUCGCCUCGACGACGAUGCGCAAAGCGUUGUCGUGGUGCAGCCUGGCGUGUACACCAUCCAUUGCGUCUGCCAGUCGGCGAGUGCUUCGUCUGCGUCCAUCUCCCUCUACAUCGGCGCGACGUGCAUCAAGACAUCGUCUUUUUCGAACCAGCCCAUCUCGAACGACCACGACUACCAACCGUACAACUACGACUCGUUUCAAUGCUGCUCGAGCCAUCAGCUCGACAUCGCCCAUGUUGCGCAUCUUGACGCUGGCACCCACCUCCAGCUUCGCAAUAGCAGCACCGCCGGUGGCGCUGUAUAG